AUGACGGGGCAAUGUCACGUGGACAUGUUCGGAUCCGUUCUUUGCCACAGUCGGAGCAUCAUAUCACUCUUUCGCUUUCCCUCUCAUUCAAAAACGAAGGCGCCAGCCUGCGGAGAAUCUCUUCUACCGUUCGAUCAAUGUCGACGAUCUUCAUCGCCGUCCAAUGCUACCAAUGCUCUACCAUGCAGGAAAAUUACAUCACCGCCCCUCUCUCCUUCCCUUUCUCUCUAUCCUCACGUGCUCCUCACGUGCAUCCCGUCCUACUCCUUGCAGGUGAAGCAGCAGAAGAAGAGCAGCAACAAAUGGACCUGCGUCAUCUGCAACGAGAAGCAGUCCGUGCGCAAGGUGUUCGCGCGUGGAUUCCUCGCCAGGGAUGUCCGCAAAUUCGUUCAGUCCUUCAACCUUUCCCGCCAAAACGGAGAAGAAACCCUAACAGCCCCUUCUUCAGAAUCCCGAAUCGGCUCUGAUUCAUCUCCUUCUGGAAGCUUCCAGAAGAAGAAGAGAAGCGACUGGGCCGAGUAUCUGGGCCACGAAGAGCACAGCUUCCAAGAAGAAGAAGGGUUUGGUUUUGAAUCUGAGAUUGAGAUUGUGACGGAAUUGCCGAAGGAGAUGAAGCAGCUUUUGAAGCCGGUUUUCAGGAAGAGAAAACAAAGGCCUGUGCUCCAACUGCAAGACAACCAUGAGUCGAACAAAUGCCCAAAGAAAAUGGCUAAACAGGCAUGCAAAUGGAGUGAUUACUUGGAAACAGAGAACGACAAGAUGUUCGAAAUAGAGAAAGGUUCCCCAAAUCCUUACAAUUCAUGGAACGGCGAAGGUGUUUUACAGAGCCAGUUCAAUGAUCAAAGAGUGGAAGAAGAUAUCCACCCCAACUUCAUGUGACUAUCGUACAUUUCUCAGACCUUUCAAAAAAAAGAGCAUACAAUACCAUCAAUACUUCAUGUUGUUUGAUUCCAUUGUUUUCGUCUUCAAAUGUUGCCUUUACGUGGCUUACUGAAAACAACACCCUACCCGUUUAGUUGCUGAUGCUUUGUCUAUGUUGAGUAAUUCUGUUUGGCUGU